AGACGAAACUAUUUUGCAUUGCACUGCGAAAAAUUCUCCCUUGAUCAUCCCUCGAAAACAUGGCGGACGACAAACCUAGUCUUGCGGAGGUCUCAUCUUUUGAUUCCUCCAAACUGAAACGUGUGAAGACUGUGGAAAAGAAUACUCUUCCAUCCAGCGAAACUGUUAAACAGGAACUUCAGCCAGACGAAUUUCCAGAUCGUUCAGAGGUGAAGAAUUUCGACCAGUCGAAAUUGAAGAAAGCCCACACUGAGGAAAAGAACCCACUUCCUUCGAAAGAGACAAUUGCUGAAGAACAACGCACGGCGCCAUUUUCUGGAGUGGAAGUUUUCAACAAGGAUCUACUGAAACACGUGGAAACUACCGAAAAGAAACCUCCUCUUCCAACUCCCCAAGUGGCAAAGUUUGAUCAGACCAAGCUUAAACAUGUGAAAACCACAGAGAAAGUAGUUCUUCCAACUCAAGAUGAUAUCAAGGAGGAAACUAUUGGGUCACGAGCAGAAGUGAAGACUUUUGAUCACAGCAAGCUCAAGCACGUGAAGACAGAAGAAAAAGUUACUUUACCAGGAGUUGGAGACAUUGUGGCAGAAUUGAGGCCAGACGAACUUCCUGACCGCUCAGCUGUGACAUCAUUUGAUCAGUCCCAACUGAAACAUGUUGAGACCCAACAGAAGGAAGUUUUACCAACAAAAGCAGUAAUUGAAGAAGAGAUGACUAAUUCCAGAGCCGAAGUUAAAUCAUUUGACAAGUCGAAACUGAAGCAUGUUGAAACAGAAGAGAAAAACCCAACACCCACACCACAAACACUGAGAGAGGAAUUGAUCCCUGACAAGUUACCUGACAAGACAGCAGAGUUAAAGGAAAUUGAAGGAUUUGAUGCAUCAAAGAAACUGAAACAUGUUGAAACCCAGGACAAGACACAUCUUCCUACAAAGGAAGAAAUCAAGGAAGAAGCAACCGAGACAAGAGCUGAAGUUAAAACCUUUGACCAGUCUAAGCUGAACCACGUAGAGCCUCAGGAGAAAAAUACACUUCCUAAACAAUCAGACAUUCAAGAGGAGAAAGCAGCUUCCUGAAGAGUGACCUCAGUAAUUCGUACCCAGUGCACCGAGCAGGACGUUUGUACACGGUUGAAGCGGAACAUUAUUGGACAAUGCAAUUACAGGAACUUUUCUAGCUCAUCUUUUUAUAGUAGAAAAUCUCAUAUAUUCUGCUUAAUAUCUUGGGCUCGGUUUAUAUACACUUUUGUAUAACAGAGACAUUUUCCAAGGAGACAAAUAGAUUUGUAAGAGUAGCUUCAAUCAUGAUUAAAUUGCUAUGAAGAAACUUUCA